AUGGCGUCAUGCAUGAGUCUGUGGCCGGGGGCACGUUGCACCGUGAAGGUGCUCGUUAUAAGCUGGGCGCUAGUCAUGGCGGUGGCGGCUCAGGAGCCGUCGAUUGCGGUGGACGAGGCCGGUACACUGCAUAUCAACGCGGUUGGAGAUGUGGUGCUCAACUCGACCGGAAAAGUGGUGCUUAACGGCAUACACGUGGAGGCAGCCCUCGCCUAUCUAUAUGACGCACCGCCAAACUUGUGGUGGAGCGCACCAGAGCAGCGUGUCAUCUCCACCACCGCCGUCGGUGGGUUCUCAGUGUAUGCGGCUGAUCUGGACGCCGACGGUGAUCUCGAUGUCCUCAGCGCCAGCUGCUAUGACAACAAGAUUGCGUGGUACCGGAACAACGGCGAUGGCACCUUCUCCGCUCAAAUCAUCAUCUCCAACGCCACUGACGGUGCCAUCUCCGUGUAUGCGGCAGAUCUGGACGGUGACUGUGAUCUCGACGUCCUUAGCGCCAGCGAGAACGACAACAAGAUUGCGUGGUACCAGAAUAAUGGCAACGGCACCUUCUCCGCCCAGAUCGUCAUCUCAACCGCCGCCGAACAUGCCAUCUCAGUAUAUGCGGCCGAUCUGGACGACGAUGGUGAUCUCGACGUCCUCAGCGCCAGUGUUGGCGAUGACAAGAUUGCGUGGUACCGUAACAACGGCAACAGCACCUUCUCCGCCCAGAUCAUCAUCUCCACAUCUGCUGAUGGCGCCCGCUCGGUACAUGCGGCAGAUCUGGACGGCGACGGUGACCUCGACGUCCUCAGCGCCAGCCGCGACGACAACAAGAUUGCAUGCGAAGAGCUUGGGGAAUGGAAUUCGUGGUUAUGUGUCCUCGGGGAUGCGGCGACUCUAGAGCCGAGGGCACUGGAGGAUGUGUCUGAUUUUGCUCAACUGUGCGAAGCCAGCUGGUCGGAACGGAGCGAUGCUCGAGAGCAGGAGCUGAACAUUUCAAGUCCAGUGAACCCAGAGCAGUGUGGCACCGAGAGGAUGGCUGAUAAAGAAGCCACAGAGAGGAUGACUGAUAAAGAAGCUACCUGUCGGGGCGAAGGCGCAUACAGGUUGUACUCUCCGCUGCCCGAAACUCUCCGGUGCUACCAAGCAGUUGAAGCAGAUCCGUAUGUGUACAUGCGACGCAAGCCCAGGUAUCGAUGGCAUCCACGGCUCUGUCGUUGCAGCCGAGACGAGUAUUUGUCGCUUCGCAAAGAAUUGCGUGUGCUUCCAGACGGACGUCGUCUGGCCAAGGACCUCAUGAGUCUGCGGCGACGGCACAUGACACGUGGUCAGCAGCGCCGACAUCGCGAGCGCGCAGCUGCCGCUGCUGAUGUCGGCUAA